CACUUUGGUGCUCAGCGGUCGCGUUUCGCGCUGAACUUGACUUUAAAUUCCCAUUUAAAUUCCGUUUUAAAUUCGCAAUGUGCUAAUUAUUCUGGACUGAGCAAAAAAUAAACACAAGUGCGAAUUAAUAAAGAGGCCAAAUAACAAAAGGCUCCAAUAAUAAAAGUGACAAAAACUCAGUUGACUCCAAAAUUUAAAGAUGGAGAUGAAGCAGCUGCAAUUGAUGUUCCUGCUGCUGAUCGGUCUGACCAGCUUGGGCUCGGCCUACCGGAUACUCUUCAUGGGUCCCUUCCCAGCGCCCAGCCACUGGCUCUGGCUAGAGCACUUCCAGCGGGACCUCCUCCGGCAGGGACACCAGGUGACCAGCGUGAACAACCAUCCCACCAAGCAGCCGCAUGAGAAUCUCACGGAGGUCAUCAUCAGUCCCUCCUUCGAUAUACCCAAGCACUUUCCCAAAAAGAACAUCUUUAGCAUGAAUUUUGUCAGCGAUUUCAAUAACCUGGAAAUGUGGUGGACCAUAGGAUUGCUGACCACGGAGCAUGCCCUACGGGAUCGCGGAGUCAAGAAGCUAAUCGAGAGCCAGGACGAUCACUACGAUCUGGUUAUCCUGGAGCAGUUCUUUCACGAGGCCUUCCUCAUGUUCGGCAAAAAAUUCAACUGUCCGGUGGUAACGAUUGGCACCAUGGGCUAUGCGGACAACAUCGAUCAUGCCAUGGGAGUGCUCACCCCCUGGUCUGUGAUUCCACACCUCCUGUUGUCCCACACGGAUCGCAUGACCUUCAGCCAGCGGGCCUAUAAUGCCUACCUUUCCCUGUACGACGCGGUGAUGCGUCGCUGGGUUUAUCUGCCCAAAAUGCAGAAAAUGGCCGAGAAGUAUUUCGGAGGAGCCAUAAAUGGCCCCCUGCCCCAUGUCCAUGAUCUGGAGCGCAACAUCUCCCUGGUGCUGAUCAAUGCCCAUCGCAGCGUGGAUCUACCACGGCCCAGUAUGCCGGGACAAAUCGACGUGGGCGGGGCCCACAUCCAGCCGGCCAAGAAGCUGCCAGCCGACUUGCAAAGCUUCCUGGACAAGGCCACCAACGGUGUGGUCUACUUCAGCCUGGGCUCGUAUAUGAAGAGCACCGACCUGCCGCCCGAGAAGACGUCGCUGAUCCUCAAGGCCUUUGGCCAGCUCAAGCAGCAGGUGAUCUGGAAGUUCGAGAACGAUUCGAUCAGCGAUCUGCCCUCGAACGUGAUGAUCCGGAAGUGGAUGCCCCAGAACGAUAUACUGGCGCAUCCGAACGUCAAGCUCUUCAUCACCCACGGCGGCAUCUUCGGCACCCAGGAGGGCAUCUACUGGGGGGUGCCGAUGCUGUGCAUCCCGCUGUACGGGGAUCAGCACCGGAACUCCAUUAAGUCGGUGCGCGAGGGCUAUGCCCGGUCCCUGGUCUUCUCCAAACUCACCACCGACGGCCUCGUGCGGAACAUCGAGGCGCUGAUCAGCGAUCCGCAAUACAAGCGGAGUGCCUUGGAGGUGUCGCAGCGCUUCCGCGAUAAUCCCAUACAUCCGCUGAAGGAAGCCACUUUCUGGAUCGAGUAUAUAAUCCGGCACCGAGGGGCAAGGCACCUCAAGUCGCAGGGCGCCUUCCUGCCCCUGCACCAGUAUCUCCUGCUCGACAUCCUCGGAUGCCUGCUGCUGGGCGCCUUUCUUACCAUCUGGCUGCCCUGGACGAUGGUCCGGAGGGCGCACAAGUGGUGGCUUCGUGGAGGAACUGCUGACAAGCUCAACGACAGCAAAAAGCGAUUGUAGGAGUGAAGAAAUUAAUUUGAAAGUAAAAGGAAUUUACUUCUAUGAGGGGUUUCUAAAUUUAAAUUGAAUAUACAAGAUUUUUGGACUGUUAAGAAUUUCCUUUUUUAAAUAAGUGAAUGUUGAUA